UUCUAUUGACAAGACGAAAAUUAACAUAACCUCAAAAGUAAAAUAUCAACAAACAAAUAUUCCUAACAAACUUCAACGUCGAUUUGUAAUCAGAAAAUUGUAUUUUUUUCCUAAAUUUAACAUGAGUAAAGAAAAGGAGAAAAAAAUUGAAAAGGAUUUUCUUAAAAAUUGGUCACCAUACGCAAAAGUAUACGACCCAUUAAAAAUUGGAUCAAUUGAUGGAACUGAUACAGAGCCACAUGAUCGAGCAAUUGUUCGAGCUAUUAAUUCAGAAUAUUACCCAAACAGACACGUUAAAGGUCGCCCAGAAAAUACAAUAUUUGUAGCGCGUUUAAGUCCAAAAACUACAAAGGAUACAAUUAAAGUAUUAUUUUCUGAGUAUGGUAAAAUUCAUCGGUUUCGUUUAGUUCGAGAUAUUGUAACUGGAACUCCUAAAGGCUAUGCAUUUAUUGAAUACGAACAAGAAAGUUCAGCUGAAGAAGCUUAUAAGAAAUUAAAUAAAUUUAAUUUGGAUGGUAAUGAAAUAUUUGUAGAUUUUGAAUGUGAACGAUUAUUAAAAGGAUGGAAACCUCGUCGCCUUGGUGGUGGUUUUGGUGGACGCAAGGAAUCGGGACAGUUACGAUUUGGUGGACGAGAUCGACCGUUUAGAAAACCAAUUAUUAUUGAUUCUAUUAAGAAAGAAUCAAGAAGUGAUUCUAGAGAUAGACAUCGUGCUGAAAAAUUAAAACGAGUUUGAAAUAAAUUAUUUAAAUA